CGUGAGAAUUGGCUGAAGAGAGGAAAGCGCUCCGCCCCUAGUCUUAUAACUCGCACUGAAGCGCGGAUUCCCGGUUCUCUCUGCGUUGUGGUCGGUGGUCGCAAGCAUGUAAGCUUAGCCUGGUCCCGGCGAACCCUUCCCCUCGUGUUGCCGCUCUCGUUGCCCAGUGCCGCCUCUGCCGCCUCCUGCUUUGCGGGAUCAUGGUGUCCCGAGGCCCCCGCUUCUUACUGGUUCCGGGCUCGGGGCUCGUUCUUAUCGGACUCCUACUGGGAGCUGUCCAGUCUAAUGCAUUAGAACUUAAUUUGACAGAUUCAGAAAAUGUGACUUGCCUUUAUGCAAAAUGGCAGAUGAAUUUCACAAUUUGUUAUGAAACUACAAGCAGAAACAAUAGAACUGUAACCGCAUCAGACCUUGGCACAGCAACAUAUAAUGGAAGCACUUGUGGGGUUGACCAGAAUGGUCCUAAAAUCACAGUGCAAUUUGGAUCUGGUUUUUCCUGGAUUGUGCUUUUUAUGAAGGAGGCGUCUACUUAUUCAAUUAACAACAUCUCAUUUUCCUGCAACACUAGUGAUAACACAACAUCUCCUGAUGCGAAAGAUAAAGGUAACCUUGAGAAAUGGAUUGAAGUUAUAGGAAGACUGCACAAUGUCACAGGUGAUCGGAAUCCCCAGGGGAAGCUCUUGGCUGUGGCACCACAUCAGGGCAUCUCCCAGCCCGCUGAAAACAUGGCUGUACAAGGUGUGAUGUUAGGCAGUUGUGAUAUGAUGAUUAACUGGAAGCUCUUUUUCAAACAGAAAAAUGAAAACCGGUUUUAUCUGAAGGAAGUGAAUGUCAGCUUGAAUCUGGUAAAUGUCUUUGUUUCUCUCUUUAAAGUUCUCAGCAUCACAAACCACAACCUUAGCUACUGGGAUGCCCCCCUGGGAAGUUCUUAUAUGUGCAACAAAGAGCAGACUGUUUCAGUGUCUGGAACAUUUCAGAUAAAUACCUUUGAUCUAAGGGUUCAGCCUUUCAAUGUGACGGAAGGAAAGUAUUCUACAGCCCAGGAGUGUUUGCUGGAUGGUGACACCAUUCUUAUACCAAUUAUAGUUGGUGCUGGUCUUUCAGGCUUGAUUAUCGUUAUAGUGAUUGCUUACCUAAUUGGCAGAAGAAGUAGUUAUGUUGGAUAUCAGACUCUGUAACACUAAUCCAUAUGUGAUCUCUGUUAUAAAAUAAUAAAGCAAGUACAAGUUCCAACAUAAGCUACUAUUCAAUUUAAGGUAUAUUUAGUUGUAGUCCUGAUCCUGGAAUGGAUGGUCUGGGGAUUUCAAACUUAAACAUAUUUUUUAAAAAUCCCAAAACUAUAAACUGCAAUUUAGUCAUGUGAUUUUGGUUUGCCCAACCAAGGGAUUUAAAACUUUUAUUUCUGUAGCAAAAGGCAUGUGCAAAAUCACCUGGAUUGUAGGUUCUAUUUGAUUGUCUUAAAUUAGCAUUUCAGUGUUUUCUGACUAGAAAUACAUAAUUUUAGGAAAAAAUUUUUAAAGAGUGAUUUUUUUUCUUACAUGUAGUUAAGUUGGGACAACAUUCUACACUGAAUUUGUACUUGCUUCUUUUGCAUUUUUUAUGAUUUUGUUUGCAGGUUAACUUCAUUUCUUUGGCAUUGCCACAUACUUGACCUAUGAGAGAGAUGCCAGUAGAUUUCAACAGGGCCUAGCAUCAUUAUAUUCUUAGCAGUUAAUGCUUUUCUGAUGCUUUUUGAAUGCAUUUAUAUUUCAUGUGAUUGUAAUGACAAAAGAUAUAGAAGUUUUUUAAAUUUUAGAAUAGGUGUUAAUCUUAUUAUUUAAUCCUUUAAAAAAUAUGGAUAUUUCAGUCUUUUAAAGUUCAAAACUCAAGACUAUUCCAAUUGGGCAUUUCAAUCCAGUUUGUAGAUGCUUUGGAGAUAAUUGCUAGGCAAUGCCAAUUUAGGGCAUUAGUCCUUUGUACCCGUAAAUUGACCUGUAGAUGCAGUACUAAAAUUAAUGCAGAUUUCUCUUUAGCCUUCCAUUAUUCUUGUUGGUGGUGGCGUGAUUUUUCCUUUUUUUUUCCUUAAAGAAAUGCCAAUAUAUUGUGGAACCUACAUAAAGAAGUGCACCUUACCCUUAUAAGGUAAUUUGCACCUAACCCAAAAGUCUUAGUUUUCUCUUAGUAGUAGUGCACAUUAAAAAGUUUUUUUGUUUCUAGCUUGCAUUGAUUGCUACAGCAUUCACUAAUUUGGCUGUCACAUUUAAAUGGUUCUCUGCUGAUCAAAACUUACAUUGUUAUUGUUCAUUGUGGUAGAAUCAUUAUUAAUUCCUAUCUUUUAUGUUCAGUUUUGUGCUCUGGAGAUAUGUACCAAUUGUCCAUUUACUGUGCACCACCUAAUGUUUAUUUGAGAUAGCAAAACAUUUUAGCUUGAUAGUUAACACAUCCAUCUAGUAUUUCUUGCUGCUUCUAGAUUUUUUUUAUUAUAUUGGACUGGCUGAGCAAAGAGUGAAAAACUAUCAAUGUACAGCUAUAUAUGGAAGAUUCUUGUGUGAGUGGUUCUUUUUUUCUUGCGGGGGAAGAUUAUGUGCCCUCCCCCUGUUCACUAGAAAAUGAGGAGCUACCUGGGUUCUAAGCUAUUAUUGAUGUUGAAUGAAUUUGAUAUUCCAGCUAUAAGUGCAUAUAUAUCUGUAAUUGUCUUUCAAGUUAUAUUGAAGUGAUAAAUAUUUUCUUCCACUUAAAUUUGGUCUCUGUUUAGAGUAACCUAAAAACCUUACUGGCACAGAAUCAGAUUUCUGGCUAGCUCCCCUUUUAGAGCUACAUUAAGCUGCAUUGUCAGGUUAAGACAUCUUUUAAAGACUAAAUGUAAAUCUGAUUUUCAAAAAUUAUUUUUUAUUUAAAUAGUGUUUUAGUGUAAAAUUGUUACCCUUAUAAGAAUGACUAAUGCUCAUAAGAACAUGGGCCUUAGAUAUUUCUCAUGAGUUAAAACAAAGCUGCUUUGCGGCUUUUUAAAAAACAAUAAAAAUUGGAAGCACAAGAAGGUAGCGCUGGCUUAAGGCAAUUAAUGUUACUAAAAGUUUCUAUACUUAGAUUAUAUACCUGAUCAUAUUAAAAUAUCCCUAAUAACCCCUGUUUUAUAGAAAAUCUGACUUCAGUGAAUACUUUUGGGUUUUACUUGGGCCAGUUUAUAUACUGCUAUUUACACUAUUAUUUCCUAUAACCACUUAUUCUUUGUACCUUUUGAGGUUUUAUUUGUUGCACUAGGCAUACACCUUGACAGUAACACUGUUUGGUUUAGGAUGUUUUUUAUGUGUUAGCAUUUGUAUAAAGAAACUGGUCCAUGUAAGUACUUUCCAUGUUUUUUUCUCAAAUGUUUAAACCGCUAGUGCUGUAUGGUAUUUCUCUUUAGAUAUUUGCCUGUCCGUAUGCUCAACAUAUUGCUUCAAAAACAAUAAAGAUUCUUUUAUUUCUUAAGGAAA